AUGCCUGACAUCACACUGCUACCAAGUUAUCCACCGGCCGUGGAUGGCCAACAGGGCGACGAGGCCAUUCCCAGCCAUCCACUAGGUGUAAAACCCAGUGGAAAUGCCCUGCUAGCAACAUGGAGUCUUCGCGACGCGAUAGGCACUUUCCGGCUUUUACCCGAUGAGUUGAUUCUGUUGUUGCUAGAACACUUGGACGGUUCGAGUCUACUGGGCAUUGGGCGCACCUGCAAGGCCUUUUACGCAUUUACUCGUGCUGAAGAGUUGUGGAAGGCUCUAUUUGUUAGAUCCCCAUUGGACAACUUUACAUGGCGAGGGACAUGGCGAUCAACAUAUCUCAACCUGCCCUCAUCAAAAGUCCCCAUGAUUGAUUGCUCCCACCUCUACUCCGACGUACUAUACCGCCCUUUCAACUGCGCGCAUAUCGUGCUUGACCCCUAUGUCACCAACAUCCCAGUGCGCAACCAGAUCCCGCGCUUGCCGGAUCUUUCUCCAGAGGAUUUCCAUGCAGAAUGGGCUGAUCGACCAUUCGUCUUGACUGAACCCGUCAAGGCCUGGCCAGUCUACAAGGACUGGACCAUCGGGUCCCUGCUCUCUGAACAUGGGCAGGAGAAAUUCCGCGCAGAGGCUGUCGACUGGCCACUGUCUACCUAUCGUGAUUACCUGGCGGAUAAUUCCGACGAGAGUCCAUUAUACCUGUUUGAUCGCGCGUUCGUCCCAAAGAUGGGUCUGGCUGUUGGCCCUCCCGAGUCGACCCCAAAUGCGGCAUACUGGCCGCCAUCGUGCUUCGCGGAAGACUUCUUCUCAGUACUCGGUAAAGACCGACCCGACCACCAGUGGCUGAUUGUCGGCCCCGAACGCUCGGGCAGCAAGUUCCACAAGGAUCCUAACGCGACCAGUGCCUGGAAUGCAGUGCUGCGUGGGCCAAAGUAUUGGAUCAUGUUCCCAUCAGGCGAUAAGCGAGCUCCACCACCGGGUGUCUUCGUGUCUGAUGAUCAGAGCGAGGUAACAUCGCCAUUGAGCAUUGCCGAGUGGCUGCUCAACUUCCACGCAGAGGCUCGACGCACACCGGGCUGUAUGGAAGGAAUCUGCGGCGAGGGCGAGAUCUUGCACGUCCCAUCAGGUUGGUGGCAUCUGGUGGUCAACUUGGCGCCGUCUAUUGCGAUUACACAGAACUUCAUCCCUCGUGCGCAUCUAUGCGCUGCACUGGAUUUCUUGUCCAACAAGGCAGACCAGGUCUCUGGGUUCCGGAAGAAUGUCGAGAACCCCUACGAGAACUUUGUGAAUGGCAUGCAAGACAAAUAUCCCGAUCUUCUGGCACAGGCCCAAGAAGAGCUACAAAAGAAAGCGGAUGGGAAAAAGCGCAAAUGGGAAGACAUCGUUCAUGGAAAGACUGAAGAAGACGAAAGCGCCACAGGGGGCUUCAGCUUUGGGUUCGGAGAUGACAGCGACGUUGAAGUCCCUUGA